GCAAUGGCCACAACACUACUCCAUAACCCUUGGUUACAACAAACUUUUCCUUUAUAAACACAACACUCAUUCCAUUUCCAUUCCAAUUCUCUCUCUUUCUUCUUCUUCCUUCAUUCAUCCAUCUCCAUCUACCUUCCCAUCAUGGAUCCCGUUAGCGAAUGGGGAAACACACCUCUCAUAACCGUCGACCCCGAGAUCCACGACCUCAUCGAAAAAGAAAAACGCCGCCAAUGCCGCGGAAUCGAACUCAUCGCAUCAGAGAAUUUCACCUCCUUCGCUGUCAUAGAAGCCUUAGGAAGCGCACUCACCAACAAAUACUCAGAAGGCCUGCCGGGAAACCGUUACUACGGCGGGAACGAAUUCAUUGAUGAAAUUGAAAACCUCUGUCGUUCGCGUGCGCUGCAAGCUUUCCAUCUUGAUCCACAAGCGUGGGGAGUUAACGUUCAGCCUUACUCCGGUUCUCCGGCGAAUUUCGCUGCGUAUACGGCGGUUCUUAAUCCGCAUGAUCGGAUCAUGGGAUUGGAUCUUCCGUCCGGUGGUCAUCUUACGCAUGGCUAUUAUACGUCCGGCGGGAAGAAGAUCUCGGCGACUUCGAUUUAUUUUGAGAGUUUGCCGUAUAAGGUGAAUUCGACGACUGGUUUUAUUGAUUAUGAUCGGUUGGAAGAGAAGGCUUUGGAUUUUAGGCCUAGGUUGAUUAUCUGUGGUGGUAGUGCCUACCCUAGGGAUUGGGAGUAUAAUCGGUUAAGAGAUGUUGCUGAUAAGUGUGGCGCUCUUUUGCUUUGUGAUAUGGCUCAUUUUAGUGGCCUUGUUGCUGCUCAGGAAGUUAAUAAUCCGUUUGAGUACUGUGACAUAGUGACGACAACAACUCACAAGAGCUUGAGGGGUCCUAGGGCGGGUAUGAUCUUCUACAGGAAAGGACCUAAGCCACCCAAGAAGGGCCAGCCUGACAAUGCAGUUUAUGAUUUUGAGGACAAGAUCAACUUUGCAGUCUUCCCCUCUCUUCAAGGUGGUCCUCACAAUCACCAGAUUGGUGCCCUUGCUGUUGCCUUGAAACAGGCCAUGUCACCUGGGUUCAAAGCUUAUGCAAAGCAAGUUAAGGCCAAUGCAGUCGCCAUUGGAAAUUACUUGAUGAGCAAGGGAUACAGUCUUGUCACUGGUGGAACUGAGAACCAUCUUGUAUUGUGGGAUCUUCGCCCUCUUGGAUUAACCGGAAACAAGGUGGAGAAACUUUGUGACCUCUGUAACAUCACAGUGAACAAAAAUGCUGUUUUUGGCGAUAGCAGCGCGUUGGCUCCUGGAGGAGUACGAGUUGGUGCUCCAGCCAUGACAUCUAGAGGCUUGGUUGAAAAGGACUUUGAGCAGAUUGGAGAGUUCCUUCACCGUGCCGUGACUCUCACACUAGAGAUCCAGAAGGAACAUGGCAAACUUCUGAAGGAUUUCAACAAGGGCUUGGUUGGCAACAAAGACAUUGAACAACUCAAAGCUGAUGUUGAGAAGUUCUCUUCCUCAUUUGGUAUGCCUGGUUUCCAGGUAUCUGAGAUGAAGUACAAGGAUUAAACUUUGCUCUCAAAUAUUUCGCUCAAAGUUUGAAACAUGGUGGAAGACAAAUGGAGAAUAUAAAUAAGCUUUUCCUAUUUUGUUUUCAUGUUUUUGUUAGCCUGAUUAUUUUUUUUCUUAGUACUAGUAUCACAUCAAAACAAAAUUUGUUAUUUUCCUUAUGCUUACAGGCUUGUUUGUUUCAUCAUAUUGUAUAAAAAAAUGGACGCGAGCAGCCUGCUCCUACAUAUUAAAUUUAGCUAACAGAAUAAAGUAGAUUAUUGUAAUUU